UGAAUCACACGAAGACAAAACAGAGGGGACUAUCUUAUUCAUGGUGGCCAUUAUUGGUGGAUUCGGGAAUUUGUGUACCGUUGGUGCGAUCAUGUCCGUGAAAAAGUUCAGGAAAACAUCAUCAGCUUUUUUGUGUCAUCACUGUUUCUUGGAUUUUCUUAAAGCUCUGUAUUGCAUUCCGUUCGGAUACAGUCUGUUGAUGGACGCGCGGAUACCAGCGUGUCAUGUGGUAGGAGCUUCGUAUAUAUUUUUAAUGACAGUGUCCGCGUAUAAUUUAUUAGCAGUGUUGAUGAACGAAGAAUAUCACAUCAUGGAUAAAUCAAAUAAAAUCAAGGGAAAUUACUGCUGUGUUUUAUUUGGAAUUUUUAUGAUUUGGUUUACGACAAUACUUCUACAUCUUGGAGUCGCCUUUAUACCCGGAAGUACAGAGUUUAAUCACGCCAUCGGAAAUUGUAUAUUUUGUUACGGAGUGCCAAGUAAUUAUGUUAUUCAUGUGCUCUGGGUGCUUUUGGUCACUGCAGCAGUUUUCUUGUCUUUAAUGACUUUUACAACCUUUUAUCGUAAAUUAAGAUGUGAGUCAAAGGUUCAACAAUGGAAGUUGAUUCAUAAAUCAAUGUCUCGGGAAAUGAAUGAUGAUUCGGAAGAGGAGGAACUCCAUUUUGAAUUUGACGAUGUGUCGGGAACGAAGGCUAUUCAACAUGCUCGGAUCUAUUUACGGCGGAUAACGAUCAUGGUUUUAAUGGUCGGAUCAUUUGUGAUUUUCUGGUAUCCAUUAUUUAUUUUUACAUUAGUCGACAUCCAUUACAAACAACCUCCACGAAUCUAUCGAUAUCUAACUGUUCUCGCCUGGUCGCAACCAAUCACAACACCUCUAUUCUGUGGCAUCAUUUAUUACGAUGUUCUAAAUCGGCAAACAUUAGUUCGUGAAGUGUACAGUAACGCCAUUCCUCUCAAACCUUCGCGGUCCAAAGAAACGAUACGUAACAAAAUACAGAAGAAGUAUAAGGCAUACGAAACCGGAUUUAUCAACGAACAUUACCAGAGCCAAAGGACAGAAACUUUAACGAACUGUUUAUCAGAAAUUAACGAUGCUAGCGGUUGUGAUUGUGAAACUUUAGUAACUUAUGAUAAUUCCCUUCGACGUCCAGGGAAACAUCAGACUUUAAUACUAUAAUAUAUAUCCUUCAAUGAUAACUUUCUUAAAUUGUUAAACAAUGUUUUAAAAUAUCAAAGAUGCAUUAUGUAAGAUUUAGAUAAAGAGCUGGCUGUCUUGCUAUAAUAGCUCAAAAAUAGAUCAUGUAAAAUAAAAAUAUUGAAAAUUUCAUUCAAAUUACUUCAUUCUGAGCCAUGUUAUCACUGUUUGUUGUUUUGACAAGAUGUGAGCAUUGUGGUAACCAGGGCACUGGUAUAUUCGAGACACAUCCUCACUUUCCCAUUUUUAAAUUAAAUUUUUAAAUGGCGAACCGUUCUAAUCUAGUUAA